UAAGACAACAUGGCAGCCAAAUGCUCUUACUUGGCAUCAUUGCCUGCUAUUCCUUUGGUGAAUGUUCUGUCGUUCUUGGAUAGGAAAGACUUGUUUAGUUGCUCUCAGGUUUGUUCGCGAUUCAAUCAAGUUGUCUCCGAUCUUCCUGUGUGGAAAUCAUGGUGUAAUGAAGUGUGGUUGGUCGGAGAAUGCCCGCCGGGAAGAACAUGGAAGCAGUUAUUUGUGGAAUGGAAAGUGAAAUGGGGUCGCUAUGAAUCUUGUUAUGCAACCAUAAGAAAAGCUUGGAACAUCAUUGAAGACUUUACAAAGCUUCACUGUCCUAAUAUUUAUGCAUCUUUGAACGAUGGAUUGUCAGAAGAAGAAAUUCGCGAAACCGAAGCUAACAAACUCAAUGGUUGUAGUCUUCCAAAUGAACUGAGAUGUUCAAUUCGUAUCCACAACGGACAGCAGCUUGUCUGUCCAGGGCUGAUUGGAUCCAUGGCAAUUUCCAAUCACUACCAAAGUGAAUCUCUUUUGGAGCUUGGCAUAGCUGCUGGAGCACUUCAGAGCCGUGAUGGGCUGAGGAACUGUAUUCCUGUUUCCUUAUGUGUGAAUACUGGAAAUGGACAAUUUAUGGCAUUGACAAAUGAAGAGGGGCGUAAUCCAGGAGAUUUGUUUUGGCCAAGCCCAGAUCGCAGUGCUGACAAUUUUGACAUUUCUCCAAUGAGAAUGCACCAUUUUCUGAGUGGAAGCAAUUUUGAAAGCUGGCUGUGUAACUAUGCAGAUCAGUUGUCUCGGAACUGCUUCCCAGUAAUUAACAAAGAAAUUUACAAGUUCUUAUUUUCUGCCUCUGCGACAACCCAAGGAAUCACAGUUACCACUACUACUGCAUUUCUUCCAGAGCUAAGUAGUGUCAAACCUCCCCUGUUUUUCUUCACAUAUCGCAUAUCAAUUUCCAUGGAUCCCAAGUGUUCUGAGUUUAUAAAUAAAUGUCAGCUCACAACACGUCACUGGUACAUUACUGAUGCAAAUGGAAUCAAAGAAGAAGUCCAUGGGGAUGGUGUGGUUGGAGAGUUUCCAGUAAUGACCCCAGGGGCACUCCAUGAGUACAUUAGUUGUACAACAUUUUCUACUCCCACAGGGGUCAUGGAGGGACAUUAUGUCUUUCAAUGUCUAAACAAAAGGGAAAGGAUUAAUGUCAAAAUACCUCCAUUAUAUUUUAAGAGCCUACCUUUUGUGGCUGCCGAGCAGAGAUUGUUAAACAUGCCACAAGGUAAGUGUGAAGAAGUAAGUAAAAUUUCAGGAGGAGCAGAGGAAAAGAAAGUUGUUCAUAAAAAAGGAAAAUGAAUGAAACAAAAUUUCAAUGUUCUUCCCAACAUUUUCUUCUUGUAUUUUUCCCCUUUGUCUUAGCAGCUUAUGUCUGCUGUGUAGGCCAUUUUUAUUGAAAUUUUUUCUUUCAUUAAAAGUUGUCAUUGUAAUAAACCUUUUUAAUUUAUAGCAGAAGUAGAUAAUCAAACAAAUAAGCUGGCUAGAUAUUGGUUAUCAUUUGAGUAUUGCAUGUGAACCAGUGGCCGUUUCUAAAUUCCAAAAACCAGAAUGAUGAAAGCAGUUUUUGUGUCCAACAUUUUGUGUUUAAUGUUGUUGCCCUGGCGAUCUGACUUAACCAAUUAAGCUGUCUUUUUGUAUUUUAUAACAAUCAUUAAAAAUGGUUGAUUUAAUGUGGUAAGUCAAUAAGUGACUGUAAUCAACAGUCAUGUAAAACACAAAUGGAAUCACAAAAAGAUUGUUAACCAGUUAUUUAAACAAGGUCUAACACAAAUUGCAGUUCCAUGCAAACAAUGGACCUCAAGUAUUCUCUAGAAGAGGGUUGAUUUAACCCUUUAACUCCCAUAAGUGACCAAGAAAGAAUUUCUCCUAACAAUAUCAAAGAGAAAUAUC